CUACCCCUCCCACUCCAGCCAUGCCUGCUUCCCCCAAGGCCUCCCGCGCACCAGGCCCAACCUCCAAAGCCAGCAACAUGAACAAGAGUCCUCUGGCUUUGGAAAGACGGCGGCUUAUGUUUUCCUCCUCAUGUUUCCUCCCCAGCAAAAUCACUCUACAUAGAGAGCCCUCUCCUCGUCGACACCAGCAAAGCCACUGACACCUUGGGGAUCUCAAGGCUUUGUAAAAGAACGGAAGGAAAGAAAGAAGGAAAGAAGGAAAGAAAGAAACAAAGAGAGAGAAAGAAAGAAAGAAAGAAAGAGAAAGAAAGGAAGGACAAGAGAAGGAAGAGAAAGAGAGAGAAAGGAAGAGAGAGGAAGGAAGGAAGGAAGGAAGGAAGAAAAAAAGAAAGAAAAAAGAAAGAAGAAAGCGAGAGAGAAAGAAAGAAUAAAGUGAGAGAGAGACAUAUGAAAGAAAGAAAGAAAAGAGAACGAGAGAGAAAGGAAAGAAGGAAGCAAGGAAGGAAGGAAGGAAGGAAAAUAAAGGAAAAAAGUCUUGCUUCCAAAGACAGAAAAAGGAAAUAGAAAUACCUAAUAAUCCCAAAAGGUUAUUUGCUGCUUGAGAUUUUUGGGGGGUUUUUGUGUGUGUAUUCUACCUAGUAACUGCUGAGAAAUAAGGCUCGAGACACCAUUGGCUGGUUCAGCCUCACUCGGCCAAUCCUGGGCUCUAAACUGCUCAGUGGAAAUCUUGGGACUUUUUGGACACCCAGAGAACAGGUCCCAGAUACCGAGUCCGCAACUCCAAACAUCGCGAUUAAUAGGAGGUGAACACAGCUUUUCUCUUCUCUUUGUGAUGCUUUGUUGUCUGGUGGUGACUGUGCCCAUGGGCCUCUGGUCCCUGCCUGCCCUGGGUGCUCAUGGAACCAGCUGCUGCUCUGCACUUCUCCCUGCCAGCCUCCCUCCUCCUCCUCCUGCUCCUCCUCCUUCUCAGCCUGUGUGCACUGGUCUCAGCCCAGUUUACUGUCGUGGGGCCAGCUAAUCCCAUCCUGGCCACGGUGGGAGAAAACACUACGUUACGCUGCCAUCUGUCACCCGAGAAAAAUGCUGAGGACAUGGAGGUGCGGUGGUUCCGGUCUCAGUUCUCCCCCGCAGUGUUUGUGUAUAAGGGUGGCAGAGAGAGAACAGAGGAGCAGAUGGAGGGGUACCGGGGAAGAACCACCUUUGUGAGCAAAGACAUCAGCAGGGGCAGCGUGGCCCUGGUCAUACACAACGUCACAGCCCAGGAAAACGGCACCUACCGCUGUUACUUCCAAGAAGGCAGGUCCUACGAUGAGGCCAUCCUACGCCUCGCGGUGGCAGGCCUUGGGUCUAAGCCCCUCAUUGAAAUCAAGGCCCAAGAGGAUGGGAGCAUCUGGCUGGAGUGCAUAUCUGGAGGGUGGUACCCAGAGCCCCUCACAGUGUGGAGGGACCCCUACGGUGAGGUUGUGCCCACCCUGAAGGAGGUUUCCAUCGCUGAUGCUGACGGCCUCUUCAUGGUCACCACAGCUGUGAUCAUCAGAGACAAGUAUGUGAGGAAUGUGUCCUGCUCUGUCAACAACACCCUGCUUGGCCAGGAGAAGGAAACUGUCAUUUUUAUUCCAGAAUCCUUUAUGCCCAGCGCAUCUCCCUGGAUGGUGGCCCUAGCUGUCAUCCUGACCGCAUCUCCCUGGACGGUGUCCAUGAUUGUCAUCCUGGCUGUUUUCAUCAUCUUCAUGGCUGUCAGCAUCUGUUGCAUCAAGAAACUUCAGAGGGAAAAAAAGAUUCUGUCAGGGGAAAAGAAAGUUGAACAAGAGGAAAAAGAAAUUGCACGUAAGGAAUUUGUAAAGAAAGUGAUGGAGAAGAACAUUCUUACAUGCUGUGAGUUCUCAUCUUGUGAUUCGGCACCUCUGCCUGUCAGCACCAAAGAAUCCAAACUUUACCAGAUACCAGGGCCCAUGGACCUUUCCUCUUUGAGCCACAAUUCUUCUCAACCUGGGGGCACUGCUUCUGUCUCCGGAGAGAUAGAAGUGCAUCUUCCGUAAUUCUCAGGGUAUGAGCUGCCUGGGAUCAGGGGACCUUCAUGGAAACAGCCACCACAUGGGGAACCCCCUUCAGCUUUCUGAGACUUCUCUGGGGACCAGGAACCACACAAUCCCCAGGGUUCCUGAGACCCCAGGCAUAAACCUGAGACUUCCUCUGCAGCUGAUGUGGUCCUGGAUCCAGACACCGCUCAUCCCGAGCUCUUCCUGUCAGACGACCGGAGAAGUGUGAGGCGGGGCCCCUACAGGCAGAGAGUGCCUGACAACCCAGAGAGAUUCGACAGUCAGCCUUGUGUCCUGGGAUGGGAGAGCUUCGCCUCAGGGAAACAUUACUGGGAGGUGGAGGUGGAAAACGUGAUGGUGUGGACUGUGGGGGUCUGCAGACACAGUGCUGAGAGGAAAGGGGAGGUCCUGCUGAUUCCUCAGAAUGGCUUCUGGACCCUGGAGAUGUUUGGAAACCAAUACCGGGCUCUGUCCUCCCCUGAGAGGAUUCUCCCUUUGAAGGAGUCCCUUUGCCGGGUGGGCAUCUUCCUGGACUAUGAAGCUGGAGAUGUCUCCUUCUACAACAUGAGGGACAGAUCACACAUCUACACAUGUCCCCGUUCAGCCUUUACUGUGCCUGUGAGGCCCUUCUUCAGGUUAGGGUCUGAUGACAGCCCCAUCUUCAUCUGCCCUGCACUCACAGGAGCCAGUGGGGUCAUGGUGCCUGAAGAGGGCCUGACACUUCACAGAGUGGGGACCCACCAGAGCCUAUAGAAUCAAUUCCUUGGACUCACAGCCAUGCAGAUAAGCCCUGGCCAUCUCAGCAGCCACCGCACAACCCCCCUAAUGAAAGACACGCCCUCCUCCCCUCUGGUCACGUAAGAGAACAUCUUCCAGCUGCCUUUUUCACACCCACUCCAGCCCUCUGCCCACAGCCUCCUCGCUAGGCUGUGGCUUUAGUAGUUCCUUUGCUUGUAAUUAUGGGAUGGGAUCCAGGCAUAGGGAACUAGUUGUUUCAUAGCUCCCAGUCAAAAAGAAAGUGAGAGAAGCUGUUGGGCAGCGAACCUACUGUUUAAAAUCAGGAUGACCACAUUAAGCCCAAUAUGCCAGUUGGCACCAGAUGCUGUGGACUUGGAAUGAGGCCAACAGGGUUCACCAGGAUGAGAGAGGAGAGAGGAAUCCACAGGACCACCAGAAGGGAGAGGGAACCAGAUAUGCAGAUCAGAGAUAGAGGAAGUGGAACCAGAGAGCUGGGAGGGACCAAGGUUGUAAGGAUGGCUAAGUCCCACCAUAAGAGCUAAAUGGUCCCGGGAGAUGAUGGCUCAUUUCCACCCAAUCCCAGGAUUUCCACAGCACACACCCACAGGCCUGGACCUGGGAUGAAGAUGAAUGAAGAACAUGGACUCAUGUGGAUGUGGUUUGGCUCAGAUGUCCCUGCAAUAAACAAGGGGUCAGUACUUAGUCCCUGAGUGUGGUUGAGGUUUGAGGUCCUGGUGGAGCAGGGCAGUACUGGACCAGGUCUACGUCAGCAUUCAGGUUCAAUGGGGACACCAGUGGCUUCAAACUUCCUGAUCUAAUUAUGUUUUUAGACACUUAGAAAUUAUUGAGGACUUUAAAGAGCUUUUGUUUAUUUGGGUUAAUAUUUAUGACAUUUGACAUUGAAACAAAAAUUUAAAAUGUUAUCUUUUAAUUUAUGUUAAAAUAGCAUUAAUAAAUCAGUUAUAGGUUAAUGUAGAUAAGAUGUUUUGUGAAAAAGCAAUCUAUUGUGUCCAAAUAAAAAAACAAAAAGUGUGACACUGGUUAACUUUUUCCAGAUCUCAUGUCUGGCUUAAUAAGAGAUGUUUGUAUUCUCAUAUCUGCCUUUGUAUUAAACCUAUUGGUAUAUCAUAGGUCAUGUUAGCUCAAAAAAACUUUACUGCACACUACUGAGAGAAUGAGAUGAAAAAUGAUUAAUGUUUCAUUAUUAUUAUUGUGAAAAUAGUAUUAACACUGGGGACUCCUUAAGAGUACAUCAGAGUUCUCUCUAGGAAUCCCAAAACCACAUUUUGAAACUAGAAUAGUGGAUCCUGGAAGUUAAUCCAUGUGCUGGUUAAUUUUAGAUUUCAACUUGACUGGAUUAAGGAAUACCUAGACAGCUGGUACAACAUUAUUUCUGGGUGUGUCUGUGAGUGUGUUUCCAGAACAGAUUGGCAAGUGAGUCAGUGGGAAAUUCUCUCCUUCUGUUGGCUGGGUGCCCAAUACAACAAAAAGGCAGAGGAAAGGCAAAUUCUUCUCUCCUCUGGAGCUGAGACACUCUUAUUCUUCUGCCCUUGGACAUCAGAACUCCUGGCUCUCCGGCCUUUGAACUUCAGGACUUGUACCAGGAGGCCCUGGGUUCUCAGGCCUUUAGCUUUGGACUGAGAGUUACACAAUCAGCUUCCCUGGUUCUGAGGCUUUCAGACUUAAACUGAGCCAUGCUACCAGUAUCCCAGGGUCUCCAGCCUACAGACAAGCUGUUGUGCGACUUCUUAGCCUCCAUAAUCACAUGAGCCAAUCUCCUUAAUAAAUGCCUGCUCAUAGAUCUGUAUCUACAUCUAUAUCUGUAUGUGCAUCUAUAUCUAUGUCUAUAUCUAUAUCUAUAUCAUAUUGAUUUUGUCUCUCUGGAGAACCCUGACUAAUAAAAUGAGGCAUCUAAAA